AUUAACUUUGACCGGAAGAGAUUAUAGUCAACGCUCAAUGGAACCAGCUGAGCUGGCAAUCAAAUCACACCCACAUCUAAUUGAGAUGAUCCCUACCGCACUCGAUCACAACUCUGAACGAAAUUCACUUUUUUAUUUUCCGACUUGUGUAAUUUAAAUUAUUAUUAUAAAUAAAUGGUCACACGCUAUUUUCUGGAGUUAUAUAUACUCAGCGCCUAUCGUAAAAAAAAAAAAACUCCAUUCACAACACUUUGAAAUUGAAAUUACACAUAGUUACACACACACACACAGAGAAAUAUACAGGCGUACACACACACACAGCGGCGGCGGCGGAGGAGGAGGAGGGGAAAGGAAAACUCGUUAUUCCGGCGGUGAAGCUUUCGCGUUUCCACCGGUAAAUUAAAGUUGUUCUUUUCCCGGUGGAGAUUACAUAUAAAUCGGAUAGGAAAAUGAAGAGACGAGCGGUGAAAAGCUCCUCGCCGGCGGCGCCGGCGGCGAAGGGCGGUGAUAAUAAGAAGAAGAAAUCGGUGAAAUCUGAGCGGAGGUUGGUGAAGUACGAGGAGCUGCCGGAGUAUUUGAAGGACAACGAGUUUAUCACCGAUCAUUACAGAUGUGAAUGGCCGUUGAAGGAUGUUCUCCUCAGCGUUUUCUCCUUGCACAACGAGACUUUGAAUAUUUGGACGCAUUUAGUUGGAUUUGUGAUAUUUCUAGGGUUGAUGGUGACGAGCUUGACGGAGAAGAUGACCUUGAAAAAUGUGAUGGCCGCUUUCUUCGGAGAGCGAAGUGAUGGAUGGCUGAAGACGACGAUGAUGAACGAAUCCAACGGCUCUAACGCUUCCUUUUCGGAUUCUUACCUAAGGCACAUAGCCAGCACACCAAUACUAGGUGUGACAAAACAUUCCACUGCAUCAGUUCCAUUAUGGCCCUGGUUUGUCUUCCUAGUAGGAGCAAUGGGAUGCCUGAUAUUCAGCACCAUAUCGCACCUCUUCGCCUGCCACUCCAAACGCUUCUACUACUUCUUCUGGCGCCUCGACUACGCCGGGAUAUCCCUCAUGAUCGUCUGCUCUUUCUUCGCCCCAAUUUACUACACCUUCUCCGACCACCCAUACUGGCGGUUCUUGUACCUUUCGUCAAUCACUGUCAUCGGAAUCUUGGUUGUUGUAACUCUUCUUGCGCCCGCUCUCUCCAGCGGCCGUUUCAGGUCGUUUAGGGCGGCAGUUUUCCUCGGCAUGGGAUUCUCCGGCGUGAUCCCGGCCGCCCAUGCGGUGGUUCUGCAUUGGGACCACCCGCAGAUAUUGGGAUCGCUGGUGUAUGAGAUAGCUAUGGGGGUAUUAUACGGUGUGGGUGCGGUGUUUUAUGUUACGAGAAUACCGGAGAGAUGGAAGCCCGGUAAGUUUGAUAUUGUGGGGCAUAGUCAUCAGAUUUUCCACGUUUUCGUUGUGCUUGCUGCCCUGGCUCAUAGUGCUUCGAUUCUUAUUAUCAUGGAAUGGAGGCGAUGUUCACCUGCCUAGAGUUUCUUAGAGAGAGGACCUAUUAUAGUCCUCAUAAAUUGUUUUACUAUGUUGUUGUUUUGUAUCUCUAUUUUUUUUAUCUUUUUCAUUAAAUAGGUAUAUUUGAUUUUAUUUUUUCUUUCUUUUUUCUGCUUGUGAUGAUGUAGCAGCAUAUAUGUUUAUUUGUAACAUCACAACUGUAUUUGCUGAGAGCAACCAGUGAUGCGUUGAGUAAAGAAAAAAAUGAAAUUUACA